CUUGACUUUUGUUAUUUAAACUGCUUUUAAAAUAACUAAUUACAUUUUAUCUCAUGGCACUGACCUGCGCAAUUAGAUAACUAAUUACUUUUAAGGGCCUUAUAUAGUACAUCGGGUCCUUACUAUCGACAAAAGCUUACACAAUGCUGUUCAAACUGUGUUUUCUUGCUUUGACUAUAGUUUUUAUUGCUAAAGGAAAUUGUUUAUUUUCAAGUUCAUCUGACAUAGGCGUAAACGGUGUUAGGAAAGCACCGAGAUGGAACUUUCCAUUCCUCGGUUUUGGAUUAAGAUGUAACGGGUGCCCACCGCGCGGUUGUGAAGACGACGAGGCGAUCAUCCACGGAUAUUGUUGCGGAUGUGCUUAUCCAUUAGACAAGCUGCCGGUAUUAUGUCCGCAAUUCCUGCAGUGUCCGCUCAACUUGCACGGUCUCUGCCACGACUAUGAAUACAUGAUGCGUUGCUGCUGCUAGCUGUUAUUUAUUGUGGUGAAGUGAUUUUGCGUUCGAACAGAUUUUGUGAUGGUUGACAUUCUCAAUUAGACCAGAUAGAUGGCGCUGUCAAUAAUUAUCAUUCUUUAAAUGAAGUUAUUUUGUAACAAAAACCUAGGUAACGUAGAUGCAUACAGAAAACGGGCGUUAUAUCUUUGUCCCCUUUCGCUCUUAUUUUAGAAGGAAAGGGUAUGUGAUUUUGACGGAAGGGAAGAUUCAAAGGAAAGGAAAAUAUGGGCCAUAUUAUGUGCAUUCUCUUCUGUUUAUUAAAGGUAAGAAAAGCAUCUUCGCAUGAUGUUGAAUAAAAAAUGUUAAUCAUUUUUAGUUGCUUCGGUAAAAAUAAUGUUUCGUGAAAGGAAUGUAAAAUAAAACAUCUCUCUAUAGCAUACUGUUUUAAUUUCUAAGAAACCCUCAAUACAGAAUAACAGUGGGUUAGCGGAUUGAUUUAAGUAGAUAAACUUAACUCACGUAACAGUAGAAAAAUAAGGACUUGAGUAAAAUUACAUUAAAAGAUUGUUUACAACAAAAAUAUAUCCAAUUCAAUAAUCCAAAUAUCUAUAAUACUUUACAUGUUUUACUAAGAAACGAGCGUAUUCUGCCACGAUAUUUGAAACAUUGCACCGUUGCUAUUAAAAAAAUAAUAAAAAACGUUACAGAGCAAGACUACUAGAUAGAUAUAUGUCUUUUACUAAUAUACUAUGUUCCCGAUGUGAAUAGUCCGGCCACUAAAUCGCUAUACAUCUGUCUAAACUAAGGCCAAUACUGCUAUAUCUACAAUUCUGUGUUUUAAGAUGAUAUAAGAAUUGUUAGAACACAAAAUUUCUAAACACAGCACAACCUCAGUACGAUUGACGUUAUGCAAACACCCAGUGCGAAAGAGAAAUUUCUUAUACUUAGUACCGUGGUGAAACUUAUGUGACGAAGAUGGAAUAAUUGAAAAAAUAAAAAUAAGCCUAAUUUAA